CGAGCCAAGAGAGAAAUCGUGUGACUACGAAAAAGCACAGUGCCUGAGUCGAAUUGGAAAAGUACACUAUUGCAGAAUUUUGACCAAUUCAACAUAGCAAAGGCCCUGGAUAUGGCUACGUCUAUACUUGGGGAAGAACCACGAUUUGGAACUACCCCUCUAGCUAUGCUGGCUGCUACUUGUAACAAAAUUGGCAAUACCAGUCCCCUUACCACUCUACCUGAUUCCAGUGCGUUUUCAAAAGGCGGAUUUCAUCCUUGGAAAAGAACCUCCUCUAGUUGCAACUUGGGAUCCAGUCUCCCUGGAUUCACUGUAGCAACAAGCCGCGGAUCGACCGGACUAACAUCAACUACUGGCACAGGCAACAGCGCGUUCUGCUUAGCCUCCACCUCCCCGACCUCCUCUGCGUUUUCCACAGAGUACAGCAGUCUGUUUUCCAACUCUGCGAGCAUUUCGUCCCAAGAGUCUGGGCAAUCCGCCUUCAUCUCCAAAGUCCACACAUCAGCAGAAACCCUGUAUCCGAGGGUAGGGAUGGCACAUCCGUAUGAGUCGUGGUACAAGUCUGGUUUCCAUUCAACCAUCUCGGGCGAUGUUACGAACGGAGCGUCCGCGUGGUGGGACGUUCACGCCAACCCUGGCUCAUGGCUCGAGGUCCAGAACCCUGCAAGCUCACUGCAGACCUCCCUGCAUUCCGGGACCCCCCAAGCCAUACACUCUCAGCUCAGUGGCUAUAACCCUGACUUCUCCACUUUGACACACUCGGCAUUCAGCUCAACCGGUAUAAGUCCCACGGCAUCUCAUCUCCUAUCAACUGGCCAACACCUAUUAACACAAGAGGGAUUCAAAACAGUCAUUCCAUCAUACACGGACGCCUCUGCCGCCAACGCUAUGAUUUCAGGUUCCAGUUCUGGUUCCUCAAGGUCAUCCAGGAGGUACUCCGGCAGAGCCACAUGCGACUGUCCGAACUGUCAGGAGGCUGAGCGGCUCGGGCCUGCAGGGGCCAGCCUACGGAGGAAAGGACUUCACAGUUGUCACAUUCCUGGCUGCGGUAAGGUGUAUGGCAAAACCUCUCACCUUAAAGCCCAUUUGAGAUGGCAUACUGGCGAGCGGCCCUUUGUCUGCAAUUGGCUUUUUUGUGGCAAAAGGUUUACAAGAUCAGAUGAACUUCAGAGACACCUCCGUACCCACACCGGUGAGAAAAGGUUUGCUUGCCCAGUCUGCAACAAGCGCUUUAUGAGGAGCGACCAUUUGAGCAAGCACAUUAAAACCCACACUGCCGGCGGUGGAGAAGGUAAAAAGGGAAGCGACAGUGACACCGACACCAGUAACCUGGAGACCCCCAGGUCCGAGUCCCCAGAACUCAUUUUAGACGGGGUAAACCCCAGAAUCACGAUCAAGGACCCAUCUCCUCAUGACGAGCCCUGAAGGCUGUUAUUUGAAUGACUUCGAAACCAACUUUAUAAAGCAAAUGACCAGUAGGCAUCAAAACUGGCACAUGUAAUAAAAAACGGGCCUAAGGUUUGAGAGACAGUAUUGGAGGAAACAAUUAUUUUAGGCAAAGCAUUUGAAAACUAAAAAUAAUUAGAUCUUACCACCAUAUUGAUUGAAUGUUCAACUCGUUAUUAACCAUCAAACGAAAAGCAGAAUUAUUCUAUAGGCUAUUGUAAGAAAAUGACUAUAAAGCUGUCAACUUAAAAAUGAGCUGGAGGACAUUUUAAACGGACCAGUGCGUAAAAGGGGUAAGUUAACCGAAAUGAACUUGGUUGGCCCAUGUGAGUCGCCAUCAUCUUGUACAUAUUGGCAACAAACAAUGUGUUCUUUUCAUGUAAAUGUUAAUUAUGAUUGUUUUAUUCGUGUUUGGGAUCCUGAAAUUCAGGGAGUUUACUUUUAACGCACUUUGUGGAUAUGUAUGUACACAGCUUUUUAAAAAUUCAGUUAACCAUUUAAUUUCUUUGCUAAAAAUAUAUAAAUGUUUACUUGUAUAAAAUCACACGUACAAGCCUUUCAUUUUGUCAUAAUUAAAAUGAUGUAAAAUCUGAGGCAGUAGUCAUGUGAUGGGAAUGUUUUACUAUCUUGUGUCCCAUAUUUGUUUUCAUUAUUCCAAAUUAAAAUAAAUGAUGAAAAAGGGUAAUUGAUUUGAUCGUAAAUAAAUACGAUUGCCAAACGUAAAAUGUAGAUAAGCAAGAGUGUUCAUUACAUCAAAUCAAUCAUAUAUUGCUGAUAUAGGCAAUCGCACAUAGACUUGCAUUCUCUCUGAGGAAUAAAUCAAUAGGCAUAGUAAAUGGCCGGAAAAUACAUUUCAUGCCCAAAUGAAAAUCGUGUUAAAUGGUAUUAAUUAUGACUUGGAGCACAUCGCAGCCCCCAUGUGUCUUGUAUUUGCGAUUAGGGAUUCGUGUCUUAUCAAAUAUCUGAUUAAUCUCCGAGACAAUCAUUUGUUCAGCUUUACUUUAUCUGGGGGCUUCCGAGGGGGUUUUGAUGACAAAAGGACUCCUGAAUAUUUAUUUUAAUUGUCCAAAUUAACUGCUUUAAUUUGCAUGUCAAACGGAAAGAUUGCAGUCCAAUAAUAAGGACACAGCAUCUCUAAGCUUUCCUAGAAACUAUACACUUGAUUUGAUGUUAUGGGAACUGUUUAAAAAAAAAAAAAAAAAAGGAAAGAAGAAGGGGUAAAAAGCCAUAUGCAAAUGUUGAAUUUGAAAUGCUCUUGUCGCGGCGCAGUCAAAUGGUCCCUGCGUGUUAUUUGAAUAUCAGUGGCCCCGUACUGAAAGGGUUCAAGGAUGCUCUCUGAAUUCUUUGUGCUUACCCAGUGCAGCGUCCGAUCUCAAAGAAAAACCCGGGGAAUAAUUACAGCGUGAGCCCAGGCCUGGGAAUACAUUAGGGAGAGGCAUCUCAUCCAGACAACCUCUUCAUGAAGAGGAAGUUCAAUUGACCAGAAGGCAAUGGAGGGAAAUUAUUUUCAUUUCCUUUUGUGUGGCUGGGUUUAAAAGAGAGAGAUCAGGAAAAUAACGACCAAAAAUAACAUUGACAUGUUCUAUAAUGAUCACCAAAUUUGAGUUCACGAAUAAACAACUAAAACUGAAGACUAAAAUGCCUAAAAAAAACAAAGGCAUAUAUCAUAUAUUUAGCAUUUAAUAUCAAUGUGACAUUUUAAAUGCGCAGGCAUGAUUUAAAAUAAAAUAGACCCAUUCAAAAUCAGGCUACUAUAAUAUAGACUAACAAAUAAUACAUCAAUGCAACCCGCAGUUGCAAGUGUGCUUAUUUUUUAAAUUAUAAAUUAGCUGUUUAUUUGCAGUGACUUUCUGAUGUUAUUUUUUCUUCUUCUGGAAAAUAUUUUUCAUAAAACAUUUAGUAUUAUACUGUAAAUCAUUAACAUAGUUUGCAAUUAUAUGGCUACAAUAGGUGGUUCAAAUCAAAACGAUAAGUGCGUCCAAAUGCUUUUGGGAGAGAGACGCCUGGUGUUGCGGACAGUAAGUGCUGUCAGUUAGCGCUUUGUUGCUUUCCCUGGAAUGCCCUCUCACUGAGCAUUAGGCAGAAGUCAUCUUUGUUUUCAAGCCACAAUAAAAGAGAGAGAUCAAAGAAGAGAACCAGUGCGACGUUACGGGACACAUUUCGCUGCUAAAGGGCUCACGCCAUUCUCCUCGUCCCCAGGGUAAAAACAAUGUCCGUCAUCUCACAAUGGAAGAUGGCAAAAAUAUUUUUCUUGUGAUAAUGACAAAAUUACAAUUAAUCAAACCAAUUGGAUAGCCUAAAGCAUUUGAAGUAUAGGCUUAUAGAUGCACACCUCCCUGCAUUAUUGGAGGUAAAUUGGCUACACAGAAUAUACAAAUCUGAAGCGACUGAAACAAAACGUGCAAGUAAUUCUCGACUUUUUUUUAUCAGGAAUGAUCAAAGCAUAUCAUAUCGACAUUAGUUAUCCAUCUAAGCUAAUUGCUAUGGCUUUUCCAAAAAUAUAUGGCUCCCAAACAAAUACGGACUCGUAGGUUACACUGUUCAUUAGGUCAAAUGAACCCCAAUGACCUCAUGGUUUCUUCGGUUUUGUCCAUCAUGGUGAUCUUGUCAUGCAGGCAGCUUACAAGUAAUAUCUAAAGGCCAAUAGGCACGCAGUGUUGUGUAAAUCAUGCAUUGAGUUUUACACUAAAGGUAAAAUUACAUGCAUCGACUUCAAUUCGGAAUUGGGUCUUCAGUGUUAAACAUUUGAAACAAACUUGAGUUCUACACACUAAUCACGUAUGCAGGCAUACUCAUAUGGAUCGCAUAGGCUACUGAACACUCAAGAGAUUGAAUGUCAUUAGUCAACCAUGCUCCUGUUUAGGGCACUUGUUGCAAAAUACCAUUGUGAAACAAGCUACAUAAUUAGGCUAGACUUGUAACAAAUGUGAUGAAACACGGUUACAAGCAUGUGGGAACAUAACAGUUUCCCACUGGGCACAGACACAAUUUGUUUUGUUCAGUAAUGUCUAGUUCUGAUUUACAUUUGGUUGAGUUGUCAACUAAUGUGAUAUAAACAAAACAAUUUACCAUGCCAUUUGAUUUAGGGUAAAAGUUGGGUGAAAAAAAUACCAAAUCCAUUACUUUGACAAUCAGUUUUCGACGUUGGUUCAACGUCACAUAAUGUUGUUGUUUAAAUAACAUUGAUUCAAA